CACUUUUGGUUCAAAUUCAAAAACUCUUUUUGGGAUCAGAGGCUUCCCGAAAAUCUUGGAGUAAUAUUAUUCACCAAUCAGAAAAAUUUCAAGUCCUCUUUAGAAAAUUCAACAACUUUUACAGUCAAAAGUUUAUCUAUUGUUAACAGGAAUCUAUAUCUUUCCUAUUCUUAUUUGUAUUUAAAUUCAAGUCAAACAGAUCAAAAUACCUGUUUUUGACUCUCUUCUUCAUCUUCUUCUUCGUCUUCUUCUUUGAUUUGGAUCUCUAAAAUCUUCAAUCCCCAUGUUCUAAUUUAUUUUUAAAAAAAAAAUUCACAACACUCUCUUUAUCACACACAAAACUUUGAUCCUCGAAUAUAUAUAUUAAUAUAAAGAUAACAUUCGUGUUUCUCAUUUUGGAGUCAUAAUAAAGAAACCUUCCAUUUUUUUUACUUAAUCCCCUCCAAGAAACCUGAAGAUUCUAAGAAGCUGCCAUUAAAACUCAAAACAAGGAAGAGAGGAGAACAUAGCGAAAGCAGAAGAAGAAGAAGAAGAAGAAGAAGAACCAAAGAGUCAAACCCAAAAAUAUAUCUCCUUCUCACUUUCCCAAAGAGAGAAAAUAGAAAAUAACAAUGUCGCGUCUUGACGAGAUACCUUCAAGCCCAGGCAAAUUCAAGAUGGAGAAAUCUUCUUACUUGCAUCGUCUCAGAUUCCAAUCUUCUCUCACAAAGUUUGCAUUUUUCUCCUUCUUCCUCCUCUGUCUCAUCUCUCUACUCUUCCUCCGAUCUCCACCUUCCGUCAACCCUUCACCUUCCGAUCCAUCUCGCCGCUCACUCCGUACCUACACCUACGGAGGACCCGCUUGGGAAAAACGUCUCCGAUCCUCAGCUCGAAUCCGAACCUCUACGAGCAACGGAAUCACAGUUUUGGUAACCGGAGCAGCCGGUUUCGUCGGCACACACGUCUCCGCCGCAUUGAAACGCCGAGGAGACGGCGUAAUCGGCCUGGACAACUUCAACGACUACUACGAUCCAUCUCUAAAGCGAGCGAGACAAGCUUUACUAGAGAGAAGUGGUAUCUUCAUCGUGGAAGGAGACAUAAACGACGUCGAAUUGCUCCGUAAGCUAUUCAAGAUCGUCUCCUUCACUCACGUAAUGCAUCUAGCAGCUCAAGCUGGUGUACGGUACGCCAUGGAAAACCCUAGCUCUUAUGUUCAUAGCAACAUCGCCGGAUUUGUCAAUCUCCUCGAGAUCUGCAAAUCUGCGAAUCCACAACCUGCUAUAGUCUGGGCUUCGUCUAGCUCCGUCUACGGACUCAACACGAAAGUUCCGUUCUCGGAGAAAGAUAGAACAGAUCAACCGGCGAGUUUAUACGCCGCGACUAAAAAGGCCGGCGAAGAGAUCGCGCACACCUACAACCACAUCUACGGAUUAUCUCUAACCGGAUUGAGGUUUUUCACGGUGUACGGACCUUGGGGAAGACCAGACAUGGCGUACUUCUUCUUCACCAAAGACAUUUUGAAAGGCAAAUCGAUUUCGAUAUUCGAAUCGGCGAAUCACGGCACGGUGGCUAGGGAUUUCACAUACAUCGACGAUAUAGUGAAAGGGUGUUUAGCGUCACUUGAUACGGCGGAGAAGAGUACAGGGACAGGAGGGAAGAAGAGAGGACCGGCGCAGCUGAGAGUGUUUAACCUCGGGAACACGUCGCCGGUGCCGGUUUCAGAUCUGGUGAGUAUAUUGGAGAGACAGUUGAAAGUGAAGGCGAAGAAGAAUUUGAUUAAGAUGCCACGAAACGGUGACGUUCCGUAUACUCAUGCUAAUAUUAGUUUAGCUCAACGUGAGCUUGGUUAUAAACCAACGACGGAUCUCCAGACCGGUUUGAAGAAGUUCGUCAGAUGGUAUCUGAGUUAUUACUCCGGUCAGAAAAAAGCCGCCGCUAGAUGAUUUUUUCCAUGGUUCAUCAUCUUUGAUUUCUUGUUCUUUUUUAUUUUUUUCUUCUGUUGAGUAAUUUUGGGGAUUGUUGUUGUAACAGAGUGAGAGAACACAGACAGACCCAUUCGGUGAUUUUUAUUUAAUUCAUUUAUUUUACUUCUCCAGUAAGUAACUCUUGU